UUUAAAUUUUAUUCAUUAAUUUAAUAUUUUUUAUUUUUUAAUAGCUAAAUAUGAAAACCACCGUCUACUCUUAAAUUUUCCGAGCAUCGUUGGCAACCCAAACAGGGCCUCUUCCUUCAUUAAUAACCACACGAGUCGAGCAAAGACUCUUGUUUCAGUAGCCUCACCUGCCUCUCUCUCUCUCUCUCUCUCUUUCAAAAUGGUGUCGUUUCCAUGCUGCUCCCUGAAGUUCCUCCCGAUCUUCCUCUUGAUCUCCGCCGUCCCCGUCGCCUUCAUCGUAUCGCAGGAACGCGGGAAGCCAGCCACGCACGUGUACCACUACCGCAGCCAGGGGUGGCUCCGGGAGUGCGCCAAGUGGGACGAUCAGGGCCGUCGGUUCCUGGUCUCCUUCAUGGAGGGCGGCCUGGGCCAGAUCCCGUUACCACUGGAUCACUCCCCGGAGACUGCUCUCGACGAGAUCACCGUCGUCAAGGACGCCGACGUCGCCGGAAACUCUACCCUCGGACUCACCGUUGACCGCCCGAGAAAUCGGGUCGUUGUGGCGAUCGCCGACGUGAUAAGGAACACAUAUAGUGCAGUCGCGGCCUACGAUUUGGACACGUGGAAUCGGCUGUUCCUCACUCGGCUCAGUAGCCCAGGGGAGAAGUCCUUCGCUGAUGACGUGGCAGUGGACCCCGAAGGCAACGCUUACGUCACGGAUGUCAAAAACAACCGCAUCUGGAAAGUGGGCCCAGAAGGCCAGCUCCAGUCCAUCAUUCAAAGCCCACUCUUCAGCCCAAAACAGUGGUACAAAAGCUUUAUUGGGCUUAACGGGAUAGUCUACCAUCCCGAUGGGUUCUUACUAGUCAUCCACACCUCUUCCGGCGACUUGUUCAAGAUUGGGUUGGGAGAGGGUGACCAACGCGACGUCAAUUUGGUCGAGGUAGAAGGUACGCUGUCGUUUGGGGAUGGCAUUGAGCUACUGUCCCCCACCAAACUCGUGGUCGCCGCGGGGCCCCCGCGCCCAACCGCCACCUUGGUGGAGAGCUCCGACGGGUGGAAGACCGCCACCGUGGUCGGGAAGUUCGUCGGACCCGUGCACCGGGUGGCCACGGCGACGACCGUGAAGGAUGGGAAGGCAUACGUAAGUCACUUGGUCGGGUUAGGGUACCCCGCCAAGAAGCAUGCCCUCGUAGAGGCUGUUUUUACGAAGUGAGAAAUUAUUAGGUUAAACUGUUUGAUUAGAGUCCUGUCAUGUUUUGUAUAAGUACAAUUGCUUGCAUCCUUAAAUUGUGACUCGUUAUUUAUUAAGUCAAGUUCUUCAUAA